UAAACAUGCAUCGGGCGCAGGAGGUCUUGCCUUCCCCGUCCUUAGCUCAGGACUUAGCGCCUUGAUAACGAGGCAGAAGGUGCAGGGACCUGGACCUGAAUAUCACAACAUUCUCGCCGAGAACAUUCAACAUAUAACUUUGAUUACAUCAUCCGAUUCCUGAUCCUGACUUGUUCUUACAUUCAUAUUAUUUCAUGUAAAUUACAAAGUCAUAUAGAUUUUGGGAGCAUUUCACAGGGGCUAGCUCGCAUCCUGCCCGACUUGGCCAAACAGGGUUUCGAGGUUUCCAUCAGUUCUUGGCCCGCAGCCAAUGAAAGUCGCCGAUGAUGGCUGUGGCUUGAGAGCCGCGCCUCUCCGUUGGAUCCAAAUAAAUACUUGGACAGCCUCGCAUCAUCACCGCAAGGCCUCAUCUACCACCGAACGCAGGAUUUACGCAUGGCUUUGGUUCCAUUGGCAUCGGUUUCGGCAUUUUCGUAUCGUCUUUUUCUGUCUUCCUUCCUCGUCUUCUUUGCGAAUACAAACUCUCCAUAAAUUGGGUUUGAAUUCGUAAUCAUCCUUCCUUUACCCCCCAUUAGUUACCGUCUUACCUCACUUUACGUACGUUGAAAACAAAACAACCUAGUUGCUUCAACUUACUUCGACUCGUCUAAUUUCUCUUUCUAAGCAAGAAAGAUUCACCUACUACUAGACAACAAGACUUCUCGUCACAGAGUUCCCGAGCAUUCCGAACACCAACUGUAGCGAUCACGAUGUCAACCUCCUCGGAUUUCAUGGGCAAUGGGAACGGCCACCAUGACCAUAUCCUUCGACCUCGGGCCACAAAGCCAGGACACCCGGCCGUUCUUAGGACCCUCAGCGAAGAACGGCUACUUACUGUUUCCAAGCCAAAGGAUAUUGUAAAUAAUGAAAAUACAUCUGGCCAGACGAGUGGACGCUCGACGCCUGUGCCAGUAGAUGCUCCUCCUUCUGUACAAUCGAUAUCCUCUGCGCGCAAACAGGUCAGAGCCCAGCAGAGGCGCAGGCUGUUUCCUACCAUCGAGUACGCUUCGAGAGUUUCGCACUUCGAUCCCAACAGCGAUUAUCGAGACUUUCAAGGCUUCUACAUUCUCUUUUGGAUAGCUCUCACAAUAAUGGCUACCACAACGAUGCUACGCAACAUAAAAGAUACUGGUUAUCCCAUGAGAGUGCAGAUAUGGGGACUGUUUACAGUCAAGGUCUGGGAAUUGGCUUUGGCAGACGCACUGAUGGUGCUUACAACUGCACUUAGUUUGCCGCUACAUAAAUUGUUUAGAAGCAAAACUGGAAAGGCUCUUGGAUUGGGAUGGGUUGGAGGUGGGAUGGCUGUGCAAAGUGUUUACCAGGCAGUCUGGUUCUCAAUCUGGGUCGCAAUUCCGUUCCUUCGCGAAUGGACUUGGACGGCCCAGGUGUUCCUGAUCCUGCACACCUUUGUGCUGCUCAUGAAAAUUCAUUCAUACUCUUUCUACAAUGGUCACUUGAGCGAAACCGAGAGACGAUUACAAGCUCUUGAUGAGCCAUCUACAGCUUCGAAAGCACCGGCGUAUCAAUAUCCAAGUUCUGGCCACACGCCGACUUCUGAAGAAAGACAGCAGAAAGAUGCCGACGAGAAAUCAGAACUGGCCCGUCUACGAGAGGACUUGGCCAUAGAACUCACGUCUCCUAUGGGCUCUGUCACAUAUCCCAAGAACUUGACUUGGGGGAACUAUGUGGACUACAUUUGCUGUCCUACACUUUGCUAUGAAUUGGAAUAUCCACGAACAGAUGGCAUUGUCUGGACUCAACUUGGAUACAAAGUCCUUGCUGUCUUUGGUGUCAUUUUCUUGCUCACUAUAACAUCGGAGGAAUUCAUCCUCCCUGUGAUGACAGAAUCAGCUCUCCGACUCGAGACUGUCAACUCUUUCUCGGAAACCGCUCUCAUCCUUGCGGAAUCCAUCUCCAUGCUCCUAUUCCCCUUCAUGAUCACAUUCCUUCUGGUGUUUCUCGUCAUCUUCGAGUAUAUUCUCGGAGCAUGUGCAGAGAUUACCUGCUUCGCAGACAGACACUUCUACUCAGACUGGUGGAACAGCACUGACUGGCUCGAGUUCUCCCGCGAAUGGAACAUCCCCGUACACCACUUCUUCCGCCGCCACGUCUACAGCGCCUCCCGCCCACACAUCGGCCGACCCCUCGCAACACUCAUCACCUUCCUCAUCAGCGCCAUCGGCCACGAGAUUGUCCUAGCAUGCAUCACCAAGAAGAUCCGCGGCUAUGGAUUCAUCGCUCAGAUGAGCCAGCUUCCUAUCGUGAUGCUCCAGCGCACGAGAUGGGUCAAGGGGAAGCAGGUCCUCAAUAAUGUGUGUUUCUGGUGCUCGAUGAUCCUCGGGCUGAGCAUGAUUUGUUCUCUAUAUGUUCUUAUUUAGAUUUUGUACAUUAUGGUCUGCCACUUCUUAGAUACCCACAGUGCGAUGCGUACACCUUAGAAAAUAGAAUUUGGAUUCGCCUCUCCUUUGAACGUUACUCGGCAACC